AUGGCUGAUGAUUUUAUCUAUUGUCGAAAUCAAUCAGAUUUUAUUGAUUCGAUUCUUGAUACAGUUAAACAACAUGAUAGUUAUUUACUUGAUGAAUUACUCAAUGUAACACGUAUGUAUAAAAUUGAUGAUUUGGAUUUUAAUGAUAAUAAUGAACCAAAUCUUGAUCAACAAUUACCAAAUGAUAAUGAUUUACUUUGGAAACAAUUAAGUCGACAUCAUUGGGCUGUUUGUCGUUAUUUACAUUUUAAUGAUAUUGAUCGAGCUUUUCGUCAUCAAUCAAAAAAAUUCUCAUGUCUUAUGGCGAUAUUAAAUGAAUAUUCAAGUCGAAUGCCUACAACAUUACCUGAUGAAGAUCAUGAAAUAGAUCAAAUAAAUCCAACAAUAAAUGAUGAUGAACCAGCAUGGUUAUUACCAGUAUUUAAUCGUCAUGCACAUGAAUUACGUUUACUUGCUUUACUUGGUACUGAUGAUUUAAAUAAUGAUGAUAAUGAAACAUCGGAUACUAUGAAUUCAAAUAGUACAAUACAAACAUGUAAUACUCAAUUAUCACAAAAAGCUAUGAAAGUUUUACAAAGCUUUUCGCCAACAAGUAAAAUAAGAAAAGUUGGCGUUUUUAUUAUUGUUAAUCAAAUGUUAAAAACAUAUUAUGCUUUACAUAAAUUUAAUUUAUGUACUUAUUUUAUUUCAAAAGCUGAACGUCCAUUAAAACAAUACAUGCAAGAAGAAAAUGAUCAACAAGAACAUCGAUUUUCUUCUUACGUUCUUACAUAUCGUUAUUUUCUUGGUAAACAUCUUUUACUCAAGCAUGAUUAUAAUUCAGCUAUUGGUCAUUUUGAUUAUGUAUUUACUAAUUGUCUUGAUUCAAACAAAAGUCAAAGUAUUAAAAAUAAACAACAAUCAUUAUUAUAUUUAGUUGUACUUAAAUUACUUCAUGGUUCAACACCAAAAAUGGAUAUACUUGAAAAAUAUCAAUUAAAUCAAUUGAUUGAUUUAAUUGAGCCAAUACGUUUAGGUUCAUUAAAAUUAUUCACUGAAAAAAUUCAUGAAUAUGAACAAUUUCUAUUUGAUACGGGAUUAUUUUUUUUAAUUGAAAAUUUAAAAUUAAUAACAAUAAGAAAUUUAUUUCGUACAUAUGUUUAUCAAAUUGAUCAACAACAAACAACUAGAAUUCCAUUAGAACCAACAUUAUUAGUAUUAUUAAAUUUUGGUUUUGAACAAGAAAAUUUCUUUACAAUUAAUGAACUUAUUGAUAUAUUAAAUAAUAUGAUACAAAAAGGAAUGAUUAGAGGAUAUAUAUCAUAUAAAUUUCGAACAUUAGUUGUUAGUAGAAAAGAUCCAUUUCCAAAACAAUUUCGUUUUACUUCUUUGUUAAAUAGUUCAUAA